AUGUCAAGUGUGCAGUUAAACUUAAUUUUAAUUAUUUGGAUCUCAACAAUGCACCUGUGGGGGUGUUACCCAACUGUCCCUUCUAUGCUGUCCAGGAAAUCUGAUUACUGUCUCAUCCUGCUGAAUAGCUGCUUAGCCAAGCUGGACAGGAGUGAAGAAUUGACUUUUCUAAAACCUUUCCUGGAGAAGUCUUUCAUUAAAAGGUCCUUUCGCAAUGGAGUUGGAUCAGGAAUUAAAAAACUUCCUUUCAAAGAGCAAAGUAAUAAAUAACUGCUCAAGAAAGUAUCCUCAACUUUAGCAAAUAACAUUUAACUGUGAAGUUAAAAUAAUUUGCAAUGUAUUUCUGUGAUAAAACCAAAAGAGACAAAUGUAUCAGCAUGUUCAUAAUGUAAACAGAUGUUUAUUUCAAAUAGUGCAAGCCAAGUGAAGCAGAUCAAAUUGUUCAGUACAGGCAUUGUUUUCAAAGUUACAAUAUCAUAAAGUUUUGUAUUGAUAUAAAUGUGUUUUCAACUGGUUAAUUCCGUUUGUAAGACUGCAGAUUUAAUCAGAUUGCUCUUGAUUAACGCAAAAAUAGUUCUGUGCUUUGAAAGCAUACACACAUGCAACCAGCCUUUAGGAUGGCAGCUUUGUAUCCUACAUAUGCUCAUCUUUGGUCUAAAAGAUACCCUCAUGGUUAAUGCAGGGCAUAGCUGCA